AUGUCGGAGGAAAAGGUGAAAAUACUCGUCCUGGGCCCGAGCAAGUCGGGAAAAUCCACCAUUGCGAACUUCCUCGCCGGGAUCCGCGAUACGCCGACGAAGGAGUACUACGAGACCAACCCCCUCCGCGUACUGGAGGUGGAGAUAGGCCUCGACAACCUUCAGGUGGGCGGCCGCCAUGUUGCAGGCCCAAAGCGGGCCAUCGUUCAGCUGUGGGAUCUUGGCGGCAGCAGCAAACAUCAGGCAGGGUGGUUGGCCGUGGCGGCCAACGCGGAUGGCAUUAUUUACGUUUUUAACCCGGAAGUUCGGGGGUCGGAAAAGGAGCUCUUGCUGUGGUACAAGAAAUUUGCACUCGAUCAGGACAAGCUGGACGAAAGCAAUAAUUUUAAGAUGCGUGUUUCGGACAAGCACUCCUUGGUUUUUUCGCAUCACUCCUCGAUGCCGGAAUUGGCUGUUGGCGACAACGCCAUUCCUGCGCUGCCCAAACAACUGAGGGGUGUGCGCGCCAUUGAGACUUCAUUAGAUUAUCAGAGCAGCAACUUUAAGGAGGCAUUUGAUGCCAUGGUGGAACAGAUUAUUCUCUCACGCAUACUAGCCGAGGAAGAUGAGCUGUUGCGGAAGGAGCGCGAGGCUGGAGAUGUACCUCGGGUGGUGCGUUGA